CUUGAAGAACUUGUUCUGUUAGAAGGUGAUGAUCAUGCCAUCCACAUGGAGGGUCUUAUAAUCAGAGAGAGAAUCCUUGGAACUGAUAAUACAGAACUUCGCUUUCCAAUUAGAUAUCGUGGGGCAGUGUUUGCUGAUUCUGGAAACUUUGACCUGUGCAUUGGUUUGUGGGGACAUGCAAUGGAGAUAGGCCAGCAUUGUAAUCAGCCAAUCACAGAUGACUUGAAGAUAUUUGCAGAUUUUUUUUGUCAUAUGGUACAGAGAAAUUGUCUUCCAAAGCAGAAGUACAUUGAAGAAGUGUUUGAAAGAGCCAUCUGUGAGUAUGAGCGUCUGACAGAGAAAGUGCAGUGCAAAAAGUUGAAAGGUGAACAUGAAGCUAAGUUGCUCCGAGAGGAACUAGAAAAUGUGGUCUAUCGAGCAUUGUAUCUUUUGACAAUAUUUGCCAAAGUCCAGGAUUCAAGGAAGAAAGAAAACUCUCAUGUGUUUGACCUCAUUGAGAGGUUUCUACGAUUAAACCCUCGCACUCUUGAAGGAAAUACCAUGUUGCAUUUGGCUGUUUGGUCCAAAACUCCUACCGAGGAACAUUAUGUUCGAGAUGUCUGUAAAUUCCCUUGUGUCCAGACCAUGAAGCUUAUCAUUAAUGCUGGUGGAUAUGUCAAUGCAGUCAAUAACAAAGGCAACACACCACUUCAUUUAGCCGUGACUUUUAAACCCAAUACUGGAGGUUUACAAGUCUUAAGGGAUGUGUUGGAGACAUUGUUAGAUGGAGGGGUCCAUGAGGACCUGGUCAACAGUGAAGGCAAAACAGCUAUGGAUAUCGCUGAAACUGAUGAAGCACGCAGGAUCCUUUCUGUGAAGAGCAGACUGGAGUUGAAAUGCAUUGCUGCCAGAGCUGUGAGAAAAUUUGGAUUAUCUUAUUUUGGUGUAGUUCCCAAGACUGUUGAAAGAUUCAUUAGCUUACACUAGUUAGGUAAUCUUCUUAAAGUGAGGUGGCUUGCAAAAUAAUGUGCUGUAGUUUUGGGGGUUUAAGUGAGCCCAUAAAAUAUUUUAAAGUGUUUUAUAUUUAAGCUAAAAAGUAUGCAAAUAAAUUACUGACUACAUGUCUGUAAGGGAUGACUGGAAGCUAGCAGUUCUAAGGACAUUUUUCUGGAAGUCUACUUGUAUGCCCCCACCCCUAAAUUUUGGGAAUUAGAAAAUUAAUUGGUUCUGUUAAACAUGCAGAAUAAAUAAAAAGGAUAUGUUUUUCACAAAGUGGAAAAAUGUUAAAGUUUGCCUGGUUGAAAAGUGGGUCAACUUGUGACUGAUUUCUGUUCCAUUUUGGCUGUGGACAUGAUUAAUCCCUAAAAAAUGUUGAAUUCAAAGUUCCAUUAAAGUUGUAUGCUACAGUUACCAAAAACUGUUUAGUCAAAAACAGGUUUCUUCAACCUCUUCCUCCUGUCAUGCCAUACAUUGUCUGCAACUGCUGAAAAGGUAUUUUGUGUUUUUAGAAAUGCUUGCAUCCUUUUGUCUGCACAAGUAAUUAAUGCCAAUUUCAGGCUGAAAAUCAGCCUGUGCUUUUGAGUUUAUUAGUAAGCCACCUUAAAAGAGAACUGCCAUGAUGUACUCUGUACAUACACUGACUUCACUCUCUUAGAGACAAAGGGUAUUGAACAUUAUAACUGAACGUGUAGUACUGUUCACAGCACAGUUUGAAACUAAAUAAUCUUGAGUUUGUGUAUAAUAGGACCAAUCAUGUUGGAGCAACAUAUUAAAUGAAAGGCUCAGUGGAAAAAGGGUGUUAGGUAUUUUUGGUCAAAAGUGAACUUUGUCGUGAACACUCUAAAUUUUGCAUGUGGUUUUGUUUAGGUGUGUUAAACAAUGUCCUAUAUAUAUUUUUUUCGCUGAAGUUUCCUUCGGUUUCAAUACAUUAUGCAUGCAAAUAAAACACUCUGUGUUUCCUGGCAGCAUCUUCAGAAGUUUAUUUGUUGAACAGCAAACAGACAGACUGUUUAUAGUGUACAAAGUCAAAAUCAAAUCCCUCAGAAUCUUAGCUGUCUUUCUUUUAAGUCAAAGGAAAAUAGCAUAAGUCAGAGCGCAAAUCUGGGAACAGAUUGUUUACAUUGAUUAUUGUGCCAUCAAACAGAAAAGAGAUGUGAUGCUUUUAUAUGUUGUUUUAAAGUACCUUGCAUGCAUGCUUGGUGGUUGAGAGGCAUCAUAAAGCCUUGAUAAACCUGGACGUCAUCAAAUUGUCUUAAAGAAACAAAACAUGCUUUGGAAUUUCCAACACAGAUACAAUCGAGUUAUUGGUGUUUGAAGUCAGAUUGAUCCAGGCAGCAAAGUCCAAGAACAGUUCUUGCCCAGGUUCAGAGUAUCGCUGUUGUUGGUUUAGAAUUAUUUCUCAUUAUUUCAGUGGACGGUGAAAAAAUUUAUUUGUGCCAUGAGGUUUAGAGUUGUGUUCAUACAGUAUUCACAUUUGGUGAUGAAACUUGUUACAAAACUACUCAUAUCAGUUCAAGGCCAAGGACUAUUUUAGUCUUCGUACCAGACUUUCAAGUUGAGUUAAAAUUAUGCGUAAAAUUACUGGACCUUUGAGGAAUGGUACUUUGUUAUGCACUAGGUUCAAACUAUUAUUUUUGUCUUUCCUUUUGUCAUGUUUGCCAAGUUUGAAAAAAGUGAACAGUAUUACCAGCCAAUCAAUACUGUGUCAAUGGCUGAAAAUCACAGGGCUUCAACGUAAUAGGACUAAUCACAAGCAAACUCAGAUUCCUUAGUUCCAAUCUCAUGCUGUAAUUGGUUAAAAACUCUAGGAUGGCUGCAAUUGAAGUUGCUGCACUCUUAGUUAUAUUUUCACUUACCUGCACGUCUGUAGGUAUCGAGGAAUUUAGAAUAGUUAUUAUAUUGUUGAAAAUCUUUGGUACUUUUAUUGUAUUGCUAAGUCAAGGGAAAUUGCAUAAUAUAGCUGAACAACAUAGUUGUAGUUCUGGUCACUCAAAAUUUACCAGUCAAGAAUAUCAGAAAUACAGUGUAGGACUUGUUUACAGACAAAUCUGUUUUAAUAGUUAACGUUGGAAAAUUAAUUAAAAGUAACUUCAAGUUGCAAUAAAGUUGACAGGGACAGUGUUGUGUUAUUGAG